GUGUCAGACCGCUUAUUUGUAGUAAUUUACUUCACUUUAAACCCUAGUUAAGUCAGAAUGACACCAGAGGCACGUACGUGGGGCAGCAGUGACAGAAGAGUAAAGUGCUUCUGUUUGUGUAUGGGUUCUCUGGUAGAGGAUCAACAGAGAAGAGAGCAGCUUACCUGCCGGUUGUGUCUGAUUGAGACGUUACUGUGGUGUUUUAACGGUAGCAGUCAGGACUGCUGGUUUGGAGCUGAGGCUAUAAACAGGCCCUGAUAUGGGAGGAAGUAAAGGAUCCUGUGGAAACUUCCUGAACACAACCUUGAACAGCAGCUGUCAGUGCUUUGUCAUUGUUAUGAAUCAGCGAUUGUAGCUCCCUAGCAAAGCCAUACAUGAUACCUGACAUCAUUUCAUUGACCGAUCUCAUUCCAGGACCUUUUACUAGACCACAUCCAGCAAUAUGGCGGAUAGUUUUUGGCCUGAGCGUGCUCUACUUCCUCUUCCUGGUUUUCAUCAUCUUCCUGAACUGGCAACAGGUAAAGCAGCUCAUGUACUGGCUGGAUCCCAACUUGCGCUAUGCCAAAAGAGAAGCAGACAUAAUGGAAUAUGCUGUAAACUGCCACGUCAUCACCUGGGAGAGAAUCCUGAGCCAUUUUGACAUUUUUGCUUUCAGCCAUUUCUGGGGCUGGGGGAUGAAGGCCCUCCUAAUUAGGAGCUAUGGCCUUUGCUGGACCAUCAGUAUUACCUGGGAGCUUACGGAGCUUUUCUUCAUGCAUCUGUUGCCUAACUUUGCUGAGUGCUGGUGGGACCAAGUAAUUCUGGACAUCCUGCUGUGCAACGGAGGAGGAAUCUGGCUUGGCAUGACCGUCUGCCGUUUUUUAGAGAUGAGAACGUACCACUGGGCCAGUAUUAAAGAUAUCCACACCACCACAGGGAAGCUCAAACGAGCCGUGCUGCAGUUCACCCCUGCGAGCUGGACCUACGUGCGCUGGCUUGACCCAAAGUCUUCACUGCAGCGAGUCAUGGGCGUCUAUCUGUUCAUGAUCAUCUGGCAGUUAACGGAGUUGAACACAUUCUUCCUGAAACAUAUCUUCGUUUUUCCUGCGAGU